AUGUUUUGGAGAUUCGGCGGUUACGCCAACAUCUCCACAAUCGACACGAUCCUCGACAAGCCCGACUUUACCCUCGAGGAGCUGCUCGACGAGAGUGAUCUCAUCCAGGAGCUCAAGCAGCACAACUCCAAGCUCAUCGAAUAUCUCCGCGAGGACAGCAUCCUUGAGAAGCUGCUGGAAUAUGUCGUCGCGCCCCGACUCGAGGUCUUCGCAACCCCCGAUGACCCCGCUGACGAUGAGUCCAAGGGCAAAAGUCGCCUGCUGCCCUUCUCGCGGCCCCGGGCUUCGUCUCGCGCAACCGACGUGACGGACAAUGAUGAGGAGGAGCAGGAAAAGAGGCGCAAUAGAUACGCCCUCGUUGCUUCUGAAGUCUUGAGCUCCGACACGUGGUCCAUCUACGAGGCCCUGACCGAGAACCGAGACCUGAUUCGCAAAUUCUGGAAGUUCCUUGAGCGCCCGGCCCCCCUCGACCCGCUCCAGGCGAGCUAUUUCACAAAGGUAAACGAGUCCCUGUUUGAGAAGAAAACAGACGACAUGAUGGAAUUAUUGCGGAGUAUCCCAAAUGUAGUCGCCGAGCUUCUCAGACAUGUCGAAUGUCCCAUGAUUAUGGACUUGCUUCUCAAGAUAAUCGCCCUGGAUCGGAAUGAAGGAGGACAAGGAAUUGUAGAGUGGCUUUUCUCAAAAGACAUCAUUCCCGCGCUACUCUCUUGCCUCGACCCGAAGCACAGCUGGGUUGUGCAGACGGCCGCUGGCGACUUCAUCAAGGCCAUUAUUACCAUCUCUGCGAAUGCCUCACAAAACGAACAGCAAUGCAUUGGCCCCAACGAACUCACACGCCAGUUGGUAUCUGAACCUUGUGUCGAGCAGCUGAUCGGCUAUAUGCUCGGAGGAGGCAACCCCCUCACAGUCGGUGUCGGAAUAGUCAUUGAGGUCAUUAGAAAGAACAACUCGGAUUAUGACCCUGAUAUGGGCACCGAGUCCAAUCAGGUUCCUUCUAGCCGCGACCCCAUCUAUCUUGGUUACCUGCUGCGUCUUUUUGCCCGGAAUGUACCCAAGUUCAUGAGCCUCAUUAUGGACGGGCCCGCAAAGAAAGAGGGAUCCGAGUCCACUUUUGGGGAGAAGCUUGAGCCCCUUGGCUUUGACAGAUUCAAGACGUGCGAACUGAUGGCAGAACUGUUGCAUUGCAGUAACAUGGGGUUGCUCAACGAAGUCGGUGCUCAGGAAUUGAUCGCAACGCGAGAUGCUGUGCGCCAGCGCCUCAGGGACGAAGGAAGGUUGGGACCUUUGAGGGAAGACGACCAGUCUGCUGAUGAUCUUACCAUGCGCAUGAGUCACGGCGCCGUCCAUGAGGAAGGAAGGCGUCUGGAAGUCACAAACGCAGAUGAUGAUGGCUUUGAGGAAGUUGAACCGAGCAAGGAAAUGAGCGAGGAUACAUCCCACGAAUUUGUCAAGGCCGAGGACGACAUCACUGCUGCCCCGCCCUCGUCAUUCAUCGAUAAGGACGAAGAUGAUUUUGUGGAUGAGCCACUCAGCUCUCCCCGUCUCUCUGUUGGCAGUGACAAGAUCAACGAACAACGUUUUGAAGACCCCGACCUCGUUGUGGCGCCACUGUCUCCUUCAAAAUCAAAACCGGCCGAGUUGGCCGAAUCUGCAAAGUUUGCCAAUCCGGACAGCAUCCAACGGACAGGGUUAGACUUGGCUACCAGGGAAAUCGACGAGCAUCUCACCUCUACCCAACAGCCUACCGAAUCGUCCCUUUCUGCCAGCCCUCUUCCGGAACCGACGCCCUCUGGUGCCUCCUUGAACCCCAGCAACUUGGGAGAUCAGCAUCGUGGCCUUUCUCCUCACCCAGAAGAUACUCCAGCACCGUUAUUCACUUCAUCAAGUGCUCCACAGUCGGUCGCUCCAGAUCAGACUGCACAGAAGACGGAGACUGUUGUUCAUCCCCCAGCCGAUUCUCAUCCUGCACAUGGAGUUCAAUCUUCAGAACAAAUCGCUGUUGUGGAUGAUCCGUCUACUGCUCUUGGGCAGCAACAACCACCUCAACAUAUAAACAUACCACUAGAACAUGUUGUCGGAGACUUCCUCAAGAUGCAGUUUGUAGAACACCGCGUUGUACCUGCAAUUUUGACCUUUUUCUUCUCAUACCCCUGGAACAAUUUUCUGCACAAUGUUGUCUACGACAUAGUGCAGCAAGUGUUCAACGGUCCCAUGGAUCGCGGAUAUAACCCUACCCUGGCGGUUUCUCUGUUUGAAGCAGCAGACAUUACAGCAGCCAUCAUCAACGGUCAGCAAGCUAGCGACGAGUCGCAGGCAAAGACAAAAACCCGCAUGGGAUACAUGGGCCACUUGACUCUCAUUGCUGAGGAAGUGGUUAAGUUUACCGAGAGACACCCACCCGAAUUGCUUUCCGAGAUGGUCCUGGAUAAAGUCAUGAGUCAAGAGUGGAUCAACUAUGUUGAAGGUGCUCUUGCGGAAACGCGUGAGCGAGACAAUGCUAUUUUGGGCGGAGUCCGGCCUGAAGUUGCUCUUGGCCACCGUGCAAGCAUAGGAGGCGGCAAUGGUUUAGGUGGUGUUGGACUCUCUGGACUUGGAGGAGCCUCUGCAACUGGCUCGAACGCUUUGGCGGAGGCCGGCCUGAAUGGCGGCAUCGAAAUUAACGAAGGCAGCAACAAUGGCAUUGGCCCCUUCGCAAUUAGUGCCGGAACCUUGAUGUCGGGCUUCGGAAGUAGCAGCGAUGAAGAGGAUGAUGAGGGCGAUGUGGAGGAGGAGGAUGUUAACUCUGAGGUGAGUGGUGAUUCUUUUGAUGAUCGAGGCACUGGCUCUCCAGAGGUGGCUGCGAAUGCGAACACAGAUUCUCCGGUCAAUGUGAUCUCGAUGUCUCCGGAGCCUUUGGAAGCAAUUUUGGGAGAUUCCUCUGUGGACAUUCGCCCGAGUCUUGGUUCACCUGUGAGAUUUACUACGACUCGGGAUUACUACGAAGACGAGAUUAUGGAAGACGGCUCGCAGCAAGAUAGGUGGUCAGGAGACCAUUACGACGAACACGGAACAGAACGCGCCAGCUUCCACAGCACGGCGGCCGAUGCGGCGGGCGCUGACGAGCCAGACCCUCUCAACAAUACUGGUAACUCGUUGACUCCGCCAUCAAUCCCUCCGCCUCCACCGCCGCCUCCGCCGUUGAAUGUUCCUCCGUCAAGAGCCAGGCUGCAGCUGGCAGCUCGGUUGGCAAUGCAUCAAAAGAACAACCAAGCGGCGCAGCCAUCCUUUGCAACAAUGCACCAUGAAGGAGACGACUAUGACAACAAUACGAUGGACCCCUUUAGAGACGAUAAUGAUGACAUGGACGACGAUGAUGACCUAGAUGUAGACGUUGUUCGAGAUGGUGGACGUGGAUCCUGGUGGAGAGGCAUGGUCGGAAGAAGAAGCAGUGCAGACGAUGGCGACUCUGACGAGGCUGACGAGGAUGAUGAUGAAUUCGGUGACUUUGCCAUGGCAGAAGAUUACAGGAGUGGUGGGACUUCGAAUACGGAACAGCUGGUACUGAGACCGCUAGCCGUCAAUCCCGCCAAGGAAAGCAGCAGAGGUCUCAGCGGUCUGUGGCCGUUUGGGUCAAGAAACGAAAGCAACAAAGCCAAACGUGACGAAGAAAGUCACGACCUAAAAGACGAAGUCGUGGUAUCUUCAGACGAGAAGAAGGGAGAGGAUUAUAGAGCCAUUGAGGUCAGGGAGGCAACGAGUCGGACUAGCAUUGAAGAACCGGAUGAGGAAGAAAUAGUAGCUGGGAAAUGA